GAGAGACACUGUGCCAGCCUGGCACGGGCUGUGCCCAAUCAGUCUACUCCAUGGCCAAUUCUAUCCAGAAAGAUCAGGCAUGGAUCCCCAAACUCUUCAAAAAGAAAGUCUGCACAACGUUUAUCGAGCAACCCGGUGAACCGGGUGCUCCCAGCCUAUGCCAGUGUGGGAGCCCUCGCAGCAACCACGUCUCCGUGGCCACAGAAGAUGCCUUCGGAGCAGCCAUUGUCAGCAAAUGGGACUCAGCCCAGCACACAACAGAGGGGCCCACGGAUGCUUAUGGUGAGGUGGAGUUUGUGGGUGCAGGGCGCAGGACUAGCAAGUUCAUCCGUCUGUCAGAUACAUCAGACCCUGCAGCUGUAUACGGCCUAGUAACACACCACUGGAAGAUACCGCACCCCAACCUUGUUGUGUCUGUAGUGGGAGGUGAAGGUGAAGUGCGUGUGAGGGCCUGGCUUAAGGAUGUGUUAAGAAAAGGGCUGGUCAAAGCGGCACAGAGCACAGGUGCCUGGAUUAUGACAAGUGGGCUCCACGCUGGUGUAGGCCGACAUGUCGGGGAAGCUGUGAGGGACCACACCACUGCCAGCACCAACCCCAGCACGCAUGUGGUAGCGAUGGGGAUCGCUCCAUGGGGCAUUGUGGAGCAGCGCCGUUGCCUUGUGAACCCCAAGGGUUCGUUCCCAGCACGUUAUCCCCGGACAACCCCUGUUGGCCCUUUCUGCCCUCUAGAUGCCAACCAUUCUGCUUUCUUCUUGGUAGACGAUGGGACCGAGGGCAAGGCAGCGGGAGAGGUUUCCUUCCGUGCCCACCUGGAACGCUACAUUGCCCAGCAGAAAGUAGGAGCUGGAGGUCGUGGGAGUAUUGAAAUUCCUGUGUUGCUGCUGCUUAUCAGUGGGGAUUCGGCUAUGUUUAAGCGUGUUUCUGAGGCCGUGCACGCCUCCAUCCCCUGCCUCCUCUUGGCAGGAACUGGAGGAGCGGCCGACUGCUUGGCUGUGUUGUUGGAAGAGACGCAACCGGGAGAGCCCCUGAAAGCCCUGGCCAUCAAGAAAAUGCAAGGAAAGUUCCCUGAUGAUGAGCUGGAGGGCUUAGCAGAGGAGGUGGAACGUAUCGGGGCUCUCCGAGAACUGGUGACUGUCUAUUCAGAUCAGGAAGGCUUGGAGGAGUUUGAGACUAUCCUGCUUAAAGCCUUGGUGAAAGCUUGUAGGCGGUCAAGCGAGGCGUCCUCCUACCUGGAUGAACUGCGUCUGGCUGUAGCCUGGAACCGUGUGGACAUUGCCAGCACUGAGCUGUUUCGUGGGGACAUUCUCUGGGAGCCUAGUCUGCUGGAGGGCCCAAUGCGUGAUGCUUUGCUGGGGGACCGCCCUGCCUUAGUUCGCCUCUUUGUUGAGAAUGGCUUGGACGUUGGACAGAUACUGACCUGGAAACAGUUGGAGCACCUCUACGCAGGAGCCCCUGAGGUCUCAUUACUGCACCAGCUUCUUGAGCGACGCCAUGGGGCAGGAAGUGAGCCCACCCCACCCCCAGAAUAUCUGCUGGUGGAACGAUCUCUGCCUGAACGUCUCUUGCCUCAUGUCGCCCGCAUCCUACAUGAGCUGCUGGGGGACGUCUGUGCACCCUUUUAUGCUGAACUGUACCCAGAUGGCCACAAAGGGACAGGGGCUAAAGGGCCAUUACCUAAUGGAGACCCCGUGUACCACAAUGAACUUACACCAAACCCUUGGACUGAUCUGUUUAUAUGGGCUGUGCUGCUGAAUCGCAGAGAGAUGGCCAUGUAUUUCUGGGAAAUGGCACCUGAUGCAGUGGCUGGCGCACUAGCAGCUGCGUGCAUGCUACGAGAACUUUCGCACUUCGAAACAGAAGCAGAGGAAGAGGCGGCCAUGAAGGACCUGGCAAUGUCCUUUGAGAAGCUGGCCAUGGGUGUAUUUGGUGAAUGUUAUCGUAACGGGGAGCCAAGGGCCUACAAACUACUGGUCCGACGUUCCCACCUCUGGGGUGGAGCCACUGUUCUCCAGCUAGCUCACCAGGCUGAUGCCCGCCUCUUUUUUGCUCAUGAUGGAGUGCAGUCCCUACUCACUCAAAACUGGUGGGGAGAGAUGGACAGAUCCACCCCUGUCUGGCAGCUCCUUCUUACUUUCUUCUGCCCUCCUCUCAUUUUUACCAGCCUCAUCACUUUCCGGUAA